GAAUCCUCCUCCAAUUUGGGCAAAUCCACCUCGUGUUUUGUUUCUUGCUUCCUAGCGCUCAGUCCAGCGAGCAGAGAGCUGGCUGGAGCUUCACUCCAGAGGUCUGUCCAGGGGAGACACUGCUCCUGCCAAGGGCUGCCCUUCCGGGGCCAAGCAGCAACCGCAGCCCAUCGGGCUCCCCUCCGGAGCCGGGAGCCCCGAUCUUUGUCCCCCGCCCCCUCCGUCCCCGCUCAGCUUGCCCGGGAUUCUCCAUUCCGCUUGAAGUCAUGCUCCUCCGCUCGCCUUUCCACCGGGGAUAGGACGAGACCUCCACAGCGGGGUCUCCCUCCCCCGCGAGCGCCGGAUUGACAAUGCGUGGAGCCUGAUCCAAACACUGCUAUGACAGAGCUCAGCCAUGGAACAACCAAAUUUUCAGUUGAAGUGAGACUUUUGGAAGGGCCCAUGAAUUUGUACCCCACCCCUUUCCACUUUCCUCCCCUUAUUAGUUAUGUCUCAAUCCCGCCAUGGGAGAUCUUCCAAAUUAGUCAGAAAGGAAGAUCUAAGCAAAAAGAAAACCAGCCAACUAAAUAAGGCAUCCAAGAUUAUGACCAAAAAGAUGACGUUGGUAAAAACUUUGAGUGCUGGGAAGUUAAAACAGCUGAUGCAAGAAAGAAAUAAUGUUAAGAAAAAGUCAAAAACAAAACCACCUGUGCCAAUAAGAAGUCUUCUGACAAGAGCCAGAGCUGCUCGAAGGUGUCUGGAUCAAACUGAUGUCCUUUUUCAGAAUCCAGAAUCCUUAUCUUGCAAUGGCUUCACAAUGGCCCUUCGAAGCACAUCUCUAAUUCACCGCCUGUCCCGACCUGCAGUCGUCCUUACAAGAUCUGAGAAGAUUCCAUCCUCUAAGACUUUGGAAAAGGAAGAUAAACGCAAAUAUGGGGUCCUGGCAGUCUCCAAAGAAAAUAUAGUGGAAAUGGAAAAGGAGACAAAUCAGUCACAAAAAAGCCUAAUCUCUCCUGAAAAAGAGGAUCCCAUAGUGGUUACUUCUAAUGCAUCCCCAAGCAAAAAGAAUGGACAAGAAAUUACACCAUUUAAUGAAGUUGCCACAUUGGAGAAUCCCGUAACACACAUUCCUACUCACAGCAGUCUACCAACUCAAAUUUCUAAGGCCUCAGAAGACAACAGUAAGUGUGAAGGCCCAUUCUUUGAAAAGCUGUUAAAUGAUUCAACUGGCCCUGUUCAAGCUCUUUCCCAAGAUCUAAUGCCUAUUCCUUUAUCUAAAAGUGCUGCCCAUGUAGUGACCUCUAAAUCAAAUCCCAACGUGCAUUUGGAAGAUUUGGGUUCAAGAGCAGAAUUUCUUAAACAGGCUGAUUCUUCUUUGAAUCCAAUAAAAGAGAAAGCUGAUCCACGUCAAUCCUCCUGUUAUAAAGACAAAUCUGAACUGGAUCUCCAAAAUAAAAUGGUGCCUAAUGGAUCUAUUUUUCCUACCUCUUUAGCAAAUUACCUCUUAGCAGGAUCAGACCAACAAGAUGCCAUUCAUGAUUCUCUAGACCAACCAGUGACCCAAAGUACAACUUCAAACCUGCUAGAGGCCCCUGGUGCUAUAAAAACUUUAACUUUGGACUCAGGUCAAAUUGCUAGUUCAUUGCCAAACUUUGAGAAAACUCAAUCUGCAACAGAUAUAGUUGAUCAAGAAAUGCAUAAACCAUGUGAUACGUGCUUGCUUUCAGAGUUACCAUCCAACACUCAUAAUUUCCCAACUGUCCUUGAAACUGAACUAAACAAAGCAUCAAAUCCUUUAUCAGAAGACCCCAAAAUGGCAUCAAGCGAUUCUGGUCAAUUGGAUGAAAAGAGUCUUCAGAUCAAUACAACUAAUGUGAUUUCUGUAUCCAUGGCAUUUUCCAGCACCACUUCGUACUCUUGUCCUUUCUCCUACACUACUUUGCUCCCUACUUUAGAAAAGAAGAAACGAAAGCGUUGUGGAGUUUGUGGACCUUGCCAACAGAAGGUGAACUGUGGUGAAUGUAUUUACUGUAAAAAAGAAAAAUAUAGCCACCAAAUCUGUAAAAUGAGAAAAUGUGAGGAACUGAAGAAGAAGCCGAUGGUCAUAGUGCCUUUUGAGAUACAUUUAGACAACAACUUAGUAAAUGGCCCCAGGUCAGAAUCCAUGGAAAACAGUAAAUGUAGUAAUGGUGAAAAACAAAGGUUGAAGUUGAACCAGAACAUCCUUGAAAAUGUACAGACCAAUGAAGAAGACACCAUGACGGGCGUAGAAGUAGAGAAAUGGGCCGAGAACAAGAAAUCCCAUUUGACCAUCCAUGUCCAAGGAGACAUCAGUGGUCCUGCCCCUGAGACUGAAAACUUGAAAAAGUCUGAAGACAAUGAGAAAAAAACCCUUUUGAGUGACCUCAUCGAGCCCCCCAAAUCGUUUGCACAAACUGUUAAAAAUGGCAUUAAAAAUGUAUACUACUCACCAGCCGAAGCUGACGUGUCACUGAAAAAAGUCAAGUUUGAAAAAAAUCCAGAUUUGAUUGAUCAUGACACAGAAAGCAACCCCACUCCCUCUUUGGGGAACACUACUAGCUCUGAUAAUAGAGCAGGUGCUUUGGUCCCUGGCGUUUACAACACUCACCUUAAGAGGGAAGAUAAUAUUUUAGUGAUCCAGAAGACAGACCCUAUCUGUCAUUCUGCUCAAGACCCCACAGAUAGUGUGUUGAAGAGUAAUAUCGAUGCCCAGGAAAAUCCACCUCAUAUAAUUUCGUGGGGAAAAGGAGAAGCUCCUGAAAGUAAACACAUCAGCGAGCUAAAACAAUAUAAUUCUCCAGUUCAGCCUUGUCUUCUAUCCCUAAUGAGAGAUAGGAGACUCACUCUGGAGCAGGUAGUGGCCAUAGAAGCCCUCACUCAGCUAUCAGAAGUUCCCUCUGAAAAUUCUUCACCAUCUAAAUCAGAAAAAUAUGAAGAGACUGCACAAUUGACAACAAAUUUGCUUCACAGCUGUAAAGCAAUUCUGUGUUCCGUGGGAUCUCCUGCGGGAAAGGACUUUCAAGAUCCAAACUUAAAAAUUGAUUCUCUGGUCCUACAUCCCUGCCCCUCCUUGGAAAAGCAAACUCCUAGGAAGCCAGUGCUGUACAAUGGCCAAAAUAAUUCUAAAUUGCACAAUAAUUUAAUGACAAAUCAUAGCACAUCUAAGACACAUGCAUCUUCAAAAGUCACCAAGUCGGGAUCCAUCAUAGAACCAGGUUCGAAUUCCCCCAGGAAUCACAGCAACAAAGAAAUUGUUCUUCAGGGGAGAAUUACAGUUGGCCGGUGCUCCAAGAGUGCCCAUGGCUUACAAACAAGCAGCAAGUUGGAAUUUUGUAGGCAGUUACAGGAAAGCACUAGCAAAAAUUUUGACUCCAAAAAUGAUUUGUCUCGUAGGACUACCCCACACAGUCAGAUAGAAGAAGAUGUAGCUGCCCAGUUGACCCAACUUGCAUCCAUUAUUGAAUCCAAUAAUGCGAAGCGGGAGGAAAAAGAAGGUGCAAAGAUGUUUCCCAGGCUUGAGUGUCACAAUGCACAGCAAAAAUCCAAGCAAGAACAAAGCUCAUUUCAAGAGAAACGACCCGUCCCCAUACAGAACAAUCACAGCUCAUUGUUAGCCAAGCAAAAACCAUCCUCCCACAAAAGGGGGAAAUCUGCCUCAUGGAAACAGAGGUUAAAGAAAAAGCCCCCGGCCAAGAGCAUUCAACAAAACGAUCAGAGCGAGCGGGAACGCCUGGCGUGGCAGUACAGCAAGUUCCACGAUCUCUGGGUGGGGUCUAAACUUCGAAGAUUGGGCUAUAUUUCCUCCCGUGAGUUUCAUGCUACAAUGAUAGAGCGCAGCCCUUCACUUACCAAAGUUCCGAAGCCACUCACUCAAAGUACUUUAUCAUCCCAACAUAAGAAACGAUUUCUUCCCCUCACUCAGAUAAAAUUCCACAGACAUUUACCUGAGUCGGCACAGGAAAAAAUGAAGGAAAAACGGUUCGGUUUUGAAGAGAUGGCUGACCACACCAAAUCGGAGGGGGUUGAUCCUCCGACGGGACGGGUGGUUCCAGAGGGUUUGCAGCAGAGUGGUGGGUCUUCCACAGAUCCCCUCUCCCUGUUCCACUUACACACAGAGUCCCCUUUAAGCAGACCAAGCGGCAACGUCCAGGUGUUUACAGAAAAAGGCGACAAUUCUCAGGUACAGCAUUCGGUGAAUGUCAAUCAGUCUCCUAAUCAAUACAGCCAGAGAGCUGGUGCUACAGCUGGUGUAGACCAAACACACUUUCAGCAGGAUGCAGAAGAGCAGCUGAGGAGUCAGAGACAGCACACGCUGCCUGCUCCCGGCUGUGCCACGCCGGUGCCCGGCACCGUCCAAACUCUCAGGAACGAAAGCACGGCAUGUCCAGGGGGAGCAUCCGUGGCGGCAGCCAACAGUUCAGGGUCGGUCACUUCACACGGUGUCGGCGACUUGGAGUUUCCCGGAAAGAACACGCUGAGCUGCUUCCUUGAAUCCCCAAUGACCUUCCUAGACACCCCUACCAAAAAUCUCAUCGACACACCCACAAAAAAAGGGCCAUCUGAACUGCCAAGCUGUAGCUGUGUUGAACAAAUUAUAGAAAAAGAUGAAGGGCCAUACUAUACACAUCUUGGAACAGGACCAAGUGUGGCUGCUGUCAGGGAAAUCAUGGAGGCCAGAUAUGGUGAAAAAGGAAGAGCGAUUAGAAUAGAAGUCGUCGUAUAUACAGGCAAAGAAGGAAAAAGCUCUCAGGGGUGUCCAAUUGCCAAGUGGGUAAUAAGAAGAAGUAGUGAUGAAGAAAAACUCCUCUGCUUGGUUCGCCAGCGUGCAGGCCAUCACUGCCAGACAGCUGUCAUUGUCAUCCUCAUCUUAGCGUGGGAGGGAAUUCCUCAUCUCCUGGCUGACACCUUAUAUCAAGAGCUAACCCAGAGUCUCAACAAAUAUGGCUGCCCCACCACGCGGCGCUGUGCCCUUAAUGAAGAUCGUACCUGUGCAUGCCAAGGAUUGGAUCCAGAAACUUGUGGCGCAUCCUUUUCCUUUGGAUGCUCUUGGAGCAUGUAUUUCAAUGGCUGCAAAUUUGCAAGAAGCAAAAACCCCAGAAGAUUUCGACUAAUUGCAGAUGAUCCCAAAGAAGAAGAAAACCUUGAAAGUAAUUUGCAGACUCUCGCUACAGAUGUUGCUCCUGUGUACAAGAAACUUGCUCCGGAUGCUUUCCAAAACCAGGUAGAAAAUGAACACCUUGGCUCUGAUUGUCGUCUUGGUCGCAAGGAUGGACGUCCUUUCUCUGGGGUUACUGCCUGCAUAGACUUCUGUGCCCAUGCCCACAAAGACACACAUAACAUGAAUAACGGAAGCACUGUGGUCUGUACUUUGACAAAAGAAGAUAAUCGAUCAGUGGGUGUGAUUCCCAAAGAUGAGCAGCUCCACGUGCUGCCACUUUAUAAAAUUUCCCAAACGGAUGAAUUUGGUACAAAAGAAGGAUUAGAAGCCAAGAUUAAAACAGGGGCCAUCCAGGUGCUCACCGCCUUCCCCAGAGAAGUGAGGAUGUUAGCCGAGCCAGUGAGAGCCACAAAGAAGAAGAAGGCGGACGUCCGGAGGGCGCCAGCUGAAAAGCCCGGGCAGGUGCCAAGGAAACAUCCACCUCCGGUAAAGUUCAAAAAUGGAUCUCCUGAAAUGCACCCCAAGGCAACCCAACUUUUAGGUAACAAAACUGAGACAUUGCAUCCUGACGUAAAGAAUGAACUUUCAGAUCCACAUUUUAACCUCCAUAGUGUAGCCAACACUACAAACUACUCUUGGAUCAAGUCCAUUCAUCACCCAUUGAAAGGGACGAACUUACCUCUGAACUCUUCCCUGACUCCUCUGUCUGGCUUGGCAGCAACUUCAUUUCAGAAUGACUCUGAAAUUUCCUACGGGUUUUCAGAUCAGGGUAGUGUUCCACCCUGGACAGUGGUUUCUACAAAAUACAGUGGUGCUAAUGCAGGAACUGAGGAAUGCCCUGGACUUCUACUGAAUGCUGAGCCAGCAUCUUUUUCUGGCGUGGCUUCCACCGUGACAAACCCCCAGCUUCAUGCUGACCUUUCUCCUGGCCCAGUUGACCAUCUGAUUUCUGACCCGGCAAAAUUUCAACCUCCAUCGCUACUGCCACCUGUUACUCAGACAGCUGAUCCCGGCGACUCCACCGCAGGGAAAUCGGACAGUGAUGAGCACAAGACGGGUCCGAGGGAAGCUGCUCCUUUGGCUUCCUCCCUGGUGAAUCCCGGAAGACAGGAGCCCGAGCCGGCUGCUCAUUUCCCAUCCGCCACCGAGCAGGUACCGAGUGAUGAGCUGACCGAGUCGGCCGACAGUGAAGAGAAGUCGGAAGAGAUGUGGUCAGACAGCGAACACAACUUCUUGGACGACAAUAUUGGUGGCGUGGCAGUGGCCCCUUCCCAUGGCUCGGUGCUAAUCGAAUGUGCCCGGCGAGAGCUUCACGCCACGACGCCCAUCCGCAAGCCAAACCGCAACCAUCCCACACGCAUCUCCCUUGUCUUCUAUCAGCACAAGAAUCUCAAUGAACCGAGGCAUGGGUGGGCGGUGUGGGAGGCAAAGAUGGCUGAAAGAGCCCGAGAGAAAGAGAGAGAGGCUGAGAAGCUCGCUACUGAAAAUGCCACGAACCAGAAAACAAAACAGCCUCCAGAGAGUCCUGAGAUUUUCUGCGAGCAAAAUGAACUGAACCAAAUUCCUUCCCGGAAAGCAUUAACGGUAACCCAUGACAAUGUCAUUACGGUGUCUUCUUAUGCCCUCACUCAAGUUGCGGGGCCGUACAAUCACUGGGUCUGAAGGCUUUGCAAACACAGAAUCUUGUCCCACUGCAAUGUUCUGUUACUUCAAGGUGCUGUUGAAAAAAAAAAAGUCAAGUUGUCAGUUUUCUCUUUGUUCAUCUCAACCAUUUUAAGGCUGAGGUAAAAAAAAAAAAAUGGGGGGGAGAGUGGUUUCUUAAAUGUGACUUUAUAUUUUGACCAUUGGUGGCGUGGUGCUCAAGCACAUUUUAAACAACAAAAAAAGAAA